UGGUGAGGAGAGCAUCCAGUUUGUUCAGCUAUACAAGAGCAUCACACAAAUACAACACGUGUCAUUGCCGUCACUCUUUGUGAGGGCUCGUCUCCCCUGAGAGUCUGUUGAGCGAUGAACUUCAGCAGGGAAGUGGCCCGACAGACCAGCUGUUACACAUAUGUGAUAGAAGAUGAGGAUCCAGCCCUGGCAAGCCUCAAUGUGUUCGAGCUGGCCGAGAAGGGCGACCUAACCCUCCUGGAAAACCUGGUGAGGAAGAGCCCAGAGGUCCUGAGUGAGAAAGAUGAAUGUGGAGCGAGUCCCCUUCAUCACGCCGCCGCAGGGGGCUACGUCACCCUCAUCCAAUACAUCAGCGCUGUCAUAGACCCACAGGAGCUAAACAGCUGUGAUGAGCAGGGCAAUGUACCCCUUCACUGGGCAGUGGAGAGGAACAAGGCGGAGAGCUGCAGGGCCCUUAUGGACCUGGGGGCCAACCCCAACAUCCUCAACGCUGCCCUCCUGUCCCCUCUGCACCUGGCUGUCAACCGCGGACACAACGACCUGGUGGAGCUUCUGCUGUCUUACGGUGCUACAGACAGUAAUCUGGAGGGAGACCUCGGGAACAGCCCGUUGAUGCUGGCCUGUUCUAUCAAUAACUUUGAGGCUCUCAGCAUAUUGAUAAAGCAUGGAGCGCGGCUCUGCAAACAGAACAAGCUCGGCCAUUUUCCCAUUCACGCAGCUGCCUUCGCAGGUGCAAAGAAAGCCAUGGAAGUGAUCCUGAAGGCCGGAGAGGAGUUUGGCCAUGUAGCUGGGUCCCACAUCAACUAUUUAGACAAAUCCAAGAGCAGUCCCCUCCAUCUGGCCGUUCGCGGCGGAAACAUCGAAGCCAUCCGCCUCUGCAUUGCUACCGGGGCCAAAAUUGACCAGCAACAGAAUGACAAAUGCACACCCCUACACCUGGCCUGCACCCAGGGUGCUACUGAGAUAGUCAAACUGAUGCUCUCCUCCUUUGACCGAGUGGAAGACAUCAUCAACCUGACUGACGGGGCGUGCCAGACUCCUCUACACAGGGCUACAAUAUUUGACCACAUAGAGCUGGCAGAGUACCUCAUUUCUUUGGGCGCAGACCUAAACAGCACAGAUUGUAAAGGAAACUCUCCCUUGCUGCUGGCUACGAGCUGCGGAGCAUGGAGAACUGUCUCUCUGCUGCUGUCAAAAGGGGCAAAUGUAAAUGUGAAAGACAGAUGCGGUUGUAACUUCCUCCACCUGGCCAUUCUGCAGCCCAAGGGUUUGAAGAAUCUUCCAGAAGAAGUACUGCAGCACAACAGUGUGAAGGAGUUGCUGAACUGCGAGGACAGUGAGGGCUGCACCCCACUCCACUACGCUUGCAGACUGGGUAUCCAUGACUCAGUGAAGAACAUGCUGGGCCUCUCGGGGCAGGUCGGCCUCUCGUGCAAGUCCAAGGACAAGAAGUCUGCCUUGCACUUUGCCGCUCAGUAUGGCCGCAUCAAUACGUGUCACCGAUUGCUAGAGACCAUCACAGACUCCCGUUUGUUAAAUGAGGGUGAUGAACGAGGCCUGACUCCGCUUCAUUUGGCUUCAAGAGGGGGGCACACCAAGGUGGUGCAGCUGUUGCUGCGCAAAGGAGCUCUCUUUCACUGCGAUUAUAAGGGCUGGACUUGUCUGCACCAUGCUGCAUCUGAAGGAUACACACAAACUAUGGACAUUCUCCUGUCAGCCAAUCCCAAGUUACUGGAUAAAACAGAUGAAGAUGGGAACACAGCACUUCAUAUCUCAGCAAGAGCGGGACAUGUGGCUGCAGUCAGGCUCAUUCUGGCUCGGGGAGCAGAGCUCAUCUUAAACAAGAAUGACACAUCGUUCCUCCAUGAAGCUCUGCAGAAUGGGAGAAAAGAUGUGGUCAAUGCUAUAAUUGACAGCGACAGAUGUGCUGAGGCUUUGGUGCUGUUCAUACCAGGCUCAAGCCAGCGAUGUCCCAUACUAGACAUGAUUGAGUUUCUGCCUGAGACCUGCAAGCAUCUAUUGGACCGCUGCGUCAGGGAAUCUGAUGAUGACCACAACAGUCAUGACUACCAUAUUGAAUACAAUUUCAGAUGGCUCCAAGCUCCCCUUGCUGCGAAGAAGUCAACUGACAAGGCCAUAAGGUUUCAGCCACUAGCCGCCCUCAAUGCGAUGGUGCAGUACAACCGCAUUGAGCUCCUCAACCACCCUGUCUGCAAAAAGUACCUGGCAAUGAAGUGGGUUGCGUACGGGAGCACAGCUCAUGUGCUCAACAUGUUUUUGUACCUGUUGGGCCUGCUGCCCCUGACUCACCUGAUAGUAACUCUGAGGCCCACGAUGAACACCACUGACACAGGCGAGCACAGUAUCAUCAUGGUGCCCAUCUCUUUCACACAGCAAAGUCUCUUCUUGUCGUUCUGUAUGGUGAUGGUCUUGGCCAUGAACGUCUACUGCAUAGCGAAGGAAGUGGUGCAGAUAUCACAACAGCGCUGGAAUUACUUCAAGGACUAUUCCAACCAGUGUGACUGGUUUUCAGCCAUCUUCUCUCUUCUGUUCAUCAUCCCCGUCAUUCUCAAUGUGGAGGGUUCUCUACACUGGCAAGCGGGGGCAAUGGCAGUUUUAAAUUCCUGGGUUGGAUUUCUCCUUUAUCUCCAGAGAUUUGAGGGAGUUGGCAUCUAUGUUGUGAUGUUUGGAGAGAUCCUGAAGACACUGGUCCGUAUCGUAAUGCUGUUCAUGUACCUGAUGUUAGCAUUUGGACUGGCAUUCCAUGCUUUAAUGCUCAACCAGAGAGAGUUUGACAGCGUGCCGCUCUCAGUGAUGCAGACCUUUGUGAUGAUGGUCGGGGAACUGAACUACCAGAACAACUUCCUGGAAGCUUAUCUGAACGAUAAGCUUCCUUUUGGUUUCCUGACUUACUUAAUUUUUGUCAGCUUUGUGCUGCUCAUGCCGAUACUGCUGGUGAACCUGAUGAUUGGUUUAGCAGUUGGAGACAUUGCUGAAGUCCAAAGAAAUGCUGCCUUAAAAAGAAUAGCCAUGCAGAUUGACCUCCACACCGCUCUGGAAGACAAGCUCCCUUAUUGGUUUAUGAAACGAGUCGACAAACCGUCCAUAACCAUCUACCCCAACCGCAAGUGCUCCAGGCACUAUAUAAGGCAAUUAAUUUCAGGCGAAGAGGAAGGAAAUGAAAUCUGGAGUCGUGUGCAGGCCAAAUCACAGAGCUGCACUGUGCUAGAGAAUGAGCUCAUAAAGCAGAAGGGCAGGCUGAAAGAGAUGUCAAGCAUGCUGGAGAAGCAGCACUGCCUCCUGAAGCUCAUCAUCCAGAAGAUGGAGAUCAGCUCAGAGGCCGACGAGUACGAUGGCCCCGUGAACGUCAAAGGUAGCAUGUGGCCGAGCCUGAGUCAGGCUAAGCCACGGAGACAGGUUGUGUCUCGGUGGGUCCCACUGAUGAAGGCCAUCGAGUCCAAGAGAAAAUAAAGAGGACGAGAUGAAUAACCUCUAAACAUAGCCGCAAUUUAAAAUAUAAUUUUACUAAGUGAAUAAACAAACACAUCAUACAGCUAUUUGUAAUCACAGAAUAAUUAUAUGACUACUGCACAACGUAGUUCAUUAAAUUAAGAGGUAGACUUUGUCUUUCUAAUGCGUAACGCUUUAAUGUAUCUACUGUUUACAUAUAUUCAAGCAGUUCAUUUCAAUUAAGUGCUAUUAACUGAGUUACUAUUAUGUGGCUUUAAAUAAUUAUACCCUGAACAUUGAAUAUUGUUGCAUACAGAAUUUAAGCCAUUAGAAUUAGUGGUAUUGCUGUCGAAUGUUUAAUUGUUGGCUGAAACCGUACCAUAACUCCACCUGUGACAUAUUGAUUAAUGAAAGUCAUUUCGUGGUGUGCAUGCAGUCGUGCCAUACGUCUACUACAUACACACAUGCCGUUUCUUGUAUUGUGUCUCUCUCUGUAAUAUGUACUCCAUCUAUCAAAUCCGACGUAUGACCUCUCCUUUUCUUCCACCUUAUUAUUAAAAAUAUCUUUAAACGUUAAAAAAAAAAAAAAAAAGAAAAAAGUAAAGGUACAUGUUUUUACAUUUUAUAUAUAAAGCUGAGGUUGUACAUCAGUUUUCAUCAAAUUAAAGUUUGUUAGUUGAGCCACGCUUGAGAUACAGAUAGACGUUUAGCUGCAGUAACAGCUUAAAAAAACUCUCCCAUGUGUGGCAUGUUAUUUGCAACUAAGAUUUCUAUUUAAAAAAAAAAAAACUCAAAGCAAAAUUAUGAUUUUCCUCAGUGUAUAUCAUAUCUACACAAAUACAGUGAUUGGUCAUACAGUGAUGUCUCCCAGAAAUUUGUUGCGUUUGCAGAUGUUUUGGUAUUCACAUAUUUAUUUCUUUUGU